AUGAAAGCUUUUAGCUUGCCAGUGAAGUGGUUUAAUCCCAACCAGGGCCAAACCAAGCAUAGAUUUGAAAGAAACGUACUUCUUGAAAAUAGUUUUCGUGAAAAACAAAUUUUUUCCCUUCAGGAUACUGAUAGCGAUGAUGAAGCUUCAAUCAGGUCUGUUUUAAGGAGACUAAGAAGAACAAAGAGCUGUGGUUGUGAGAAAUCUGUUCGGAGGGGUGGAGUACGACAGACAAAACCUAGACUCAAGAAAGUUGUGGAACACUACACUACGGCAAGCUUCCACGGUGCUGCAGGCGAAGGAAGCUUAUCAUUCGAUGCAGACCAGAAGCUAGAGGUUUUGGAAGAGAAUGAUGGUGGUUGGUGGUACGCAAAAAUCAAUGGAGAAGAAGGGUGGGUACCGUCCAACUACAUUGAAAAGCGUGAAGUGACUACCAGUGGCAGAUUUAAUGGAAAGUCUUCUUUAAGUAAUCUUGACGAAGAGACGGGAGAGGAUAGAAAUGCCCCUCCAGCGCUUCCAGCUAGACCAACCUUCGGAAGCGGGGGUACCGGAGCUUUCAAGCCGGUGACUAAGAAAUCCAUCCCGCCUCCCGUUGACCGGUCCAACAGCCCGUUGUUCAAUCGAAAUCCAAACACAAACAGUGGCAGGUUGGACGAGGUUCGAAGAGGAAGCGGGGGCUCUGGUGGCGAUAUGAUGGCCGCCCUCAAGAAACAGUUUGAAAGGUCUUCCGUUGGGGAAUCGUCGUCGUCUCCGCCUGUUCCCACGAGGCCGGGCCUUGCUCCCAAGCUCCCCAAACCAACGCCCCAAGCAUUCUGCAACAGAGAUGCGGCUUACAUCACCACGAGUAGCUAUGUGAAUGAUGAGAAUGAUGGACUUAGCUUUGAGGAAGGGCAGAAGGUGGAGGUGAUCAAGAAGGAUGAUAGUGGUUGGUGGUUGGUCAGGAUAGGAGCAACCGAAGGAUGGGCACCAAAUACUUUCUUAGAAAAACUUUAAGACCAACAACUACUAAAAACUCUUAUACAUUUGCACUUAUUAAACAUUCUUCUGUGGUAUGAGCGCUGAAACAUCUCCCAUUGCAAAUUAAAGUUUAAAAUCACUGCGACUAACUGUCAACCAAUGAAAUGCGCACAUUAGGAACUUGCGCUUUCUGCAAUGGGUUGAACACUAUUAAUAUAUUUUUCCACAUCGUAGUUUUAGAUCAGAUCUUGAAACUAUUUUCUUCUCUAUCAUGUUUCUAUUUUUACACUCAAAUAGAUUUAUAAAAAAUAAAAGAAGUAUAGAAUUUAUGCAUCAUCAUUAACAGUACUUAUUUGCAAUUUUAUAUUGUACAUUCUUUAUCAAAGGGUGCUUUCACAUAUAUAUUUUUUGUUAUAAGAGGUCUAAAGGUGUGUGUGUAUAGUCCGUUGCAAACAUUUGGUUGGAAAACAUGUAUGGAAUUUUUGUGAUGGAAAGCGGUAGCACAGAAUGUUAAUAUAUACAUCACGAUAAUUUGAUAACAUGGAGUUAGAAUUAUACAUGUAUAUUUUACUAGAACAUAUAUGUUGAAUAUAGAAAACACCCAAAAUAUAUUAACAAAUCGAACAGAUUGUAAUGACUCUUAAAUAAAUAAAAGUAAUGUAGGAUUUGUAUCACACAUAUCCACGUUGUUAGGUGCUCAAGGCACCGCUAUAUUAUCCCGGCUAAGCUAGUCUACCUAUUCCGCACUCACAGCUUUUUGAGGAAUUACUUCCUGCUGCUACAUAAUUACCUCCCCUGGGUUGAGUGCAGCACAAUGUUGGUAAAUUUCUUGCUGAAGGAAAGCAUGCCAUUGCUGGGAAUCAAACCCAUCUCCCUCAGAUUGAAAGAUGAGAGUCUCAACCACUAGACCACGA